CAAGGGGGCAGGGGUCGGGCCUUGCUCGCUGGUCCCCUCUGUGUGCCCUUUCCCGGCCACCACCCGUCCCCACACCUUACCCCUGCCUGCCCAGCUGGUCCUCACACGUUCAUGCAUUUGCCGAAGGGAGACCAGGCGCGCACGGUGGCUGGGAUGCAGCGUGACCGCAGCCUUGGACAGAGCCACGAACCCCCUGAACAAGGAGCUGAACUGGGCCAGCAUCAACGGCUUCUGUGAGCAGCUCAACGAGGACUUCGAGGGGCCUCCACUUGCCACCCGGCUGCUGGCCCACAAGAUCCAGUCCCCGCAGGAGUGGGAGGCCCUCCAGGCCCUGACGGUGCUGGAGACAUGCAUGAAGAGCUGCGGCAAGCGCUUCCACGACGAGGUGGGCAAGUUCCGCUUCCUCAACGAGCUCAUCAAGGUCGUGUCUCCCAAGUACCUGGGCUCCCGGACGUCGGAGAAGGUGAAGGGCAAGGUCCUGGAGCUGCUGUACAGCUGGACGGUCGGCCUGCCCGAGGAGGCCAAGAUCGCCGAGGCCUACCAGAUGCUCAAGAAGCAGGGGAUCGUGAAGUCUGACCCCAAGCUCCCGGACGACGCCAUCUUUGCCCUUCCUCCUCCACGGCCCAAGAAUGUCAUCUUUGAAGAUGAGGAGAAAUCCAAGAUGCUGGCCCGCCUGCUCAAGAGCUCGCACCCCGAGGACCUCCGAGCAGCCAACAAGCUCAUCAAAGAGAUGGUGCAGGAGGACCAGAAGCGGAUGGAGAAGAUCUCGCGGCGGGUCAGUGCCAUCGAGGAGGUGAACAACAAUGUGAAGCUGCUCACGGAGAUGGUGAUGAGCCACAGCCAGGGCGGCGCGCCCUCGGGCGGCAGCGAGGACCUCAUGAAGGAACUAUAUCAGCGGUGUGAGCGGAUGCGGCCCACGCUCUUCCGACUGGCCAGCGACACCGAGGACAACGACGAGGCCUUAGCCGAGAUCCUGCAGGCCAAUGACAACCUCACCCAGGUGAUCAACCUGUACAAGCAGCUGGUGCGCGGCGAGGAGGUCAACGGGGACGCCGCGGCCAGCGCCAUCCCUGGCCCUGCUGGACGCUCCCCUCCCGCCCUAGGGAGCACAUCAGCCCUGCUGGACCUCUCAGGCCUGGACCUCCCUCCUGCCGGGACCACGCCCCCGGCCCCGCCCCCUGGCCCUGGCAGCCAGGCAAGCCCGGAGCAGCUCAGCGCCUCGGUUUCCCUGCUUGACGACGAGCUCAUGUCCCUGGGCCUGAGCGACCCCACGCCCGCUGCGGGCCCCAGCUUGGAUGGCGCCGGGUGGAACAGCUUCCAGUCCUCCGAGGGCGCUGAGCCCCCAGCCCCCACUCCGGCCCAGGCCCCCAGCACGCACAGCUGCCCCCCGGCGCCGGCGUCCGUGCCGACAAGCAGCGGCCUGGAUGACCUGGACCUGCUGGGGAAGACGCUCCUGCAGCAGUCGCUGCCCCCGGAGUCCCAGCAAGUGCGGUGGGAGAAGCCGCAGCCAGCGCCCCGGCUCACGCUGCGGGACCUGCAGAGCAAGAGCAGCGGCAGCUCGCCCGGCUCCAGUGCCGGCAGCCUGCUCCACGCCACGUCCCCGGAGCCCCCUGCACCCGCGCAGCAGCCCACGCCCACGCCCACCGAGCUCUCCCUGGCCAGCAUCACUGUGCCCUUGGAGUCCAUCAAACCCAGCAGCAUCUUGCCCGUGACCGUGUACGACCAGCAUGGCUUCCGCGUCCUCUUCCACUUCGCCCGCGACCCCCUACCGGGGCGCGCCGACGUGCUGGUGGUGGUGGUGUCCAUGCUGAGCACAGCGCCCCAGCCCAUCCGCAACAUCGUCUUCCAGUCGGCCGUCCCCAAGGUCAUGAAAGUGAAGCUGCAGCCACCCUCGGGCACGGAGCUGCCCGCCUUCAACCCCAUCGUGCACCCCUCAGCCAUCACCCAGGUCCUGCUCCUCGCCAACCCGCAGAAGGAGAAGGUUCGCCUCCGCUACAAGCUCAUCUUCACCAUGGGCGACCAGACCUACAACGAGAUGGGGGACGUGGACCAGUUCCCCCCGCCCGAGACCUGGGGCAGCCUCUAGAACAGGGAGGAGGGCGGGGCCGAGCCACUGUCCAGCCUGGGACACCCUGUGUGCCCCGCGGCCACGCCCCCACCCGGGCCUGGUGCUUCGCCCCACCCCUGCGGCUCCCAGUGACUCUGCCUACUCCCUCCUGGGUUUGCACUUCCGGGGCCCCAUCCCCAGUGGGAGCCUGGGGCCGAGACGGGCUGCAUGGGCCUGGAAGGACCUUGGGUGGCGGGAAGAAGCAGGCUGUUGGGGAAGGGUGGGCGCAGAGGCAGCCCCACCCCGGCCUGUGGCGGCGACUUUACCGCCUGUCUCUUAUGCCUUAUGGGAAGGCCCAGCCAUAACCCAGGAGCCGUGCUGGAGCUGGGGCCAGCCUCGCCUCCGCCAUAGGAUGCCCGUGAAUGGGGGUGGCCCUGCACCCCCAGCUGUUUGCACUCUGGUGUGUGGUUUGACUCCGCUUUCUUUCAGAGUGGCCCUGUGGUCACAGUCGCAGGGGGCUGCACCGGGGGAGCCCCACCCGGCCCCGGUCUGCUGUGGGGUUGUGGGCCCUUGGAGUCCUCGGUGUGACCCCUUGGGUCCUUGGCCUCUGCUGGGGCCUCCUGUCCACCCCCGUCCGUGGUCAGAAGUGGGCUCGGUGUGAGUGGGAGCAGGAGUAUUUAUGAACAUAAAAUGUCCUUUUUCCUGGA